GCUCGUCGAGAAGUGUUUUGGAUAUGACAAAAUCCGACAAAUUUUACUACUUUUUCGAAGAAAACACCUGAGAUAAAUUUGCAAGUUGUGUAGCCGCGAUUGCCUGCGUAGACUGUUCGUGCUAGUGUUUUACAAUUACAUUACAUUACGGAUCGGAUCCUUCCGCGGCAGCAGGUACGAGUUCGCACUCGAGAGAGUCAUGUUUUACGUGUCUAUUGAGAAAUUACUAAGCAGGAGUAAAGUAAUCUAAGUGGUUGUGGAAAGUGAUGGACUUUCUAAAAUUUUAAGUUUAUGUGUAAAAAUAUUCCGAUGAUAGAACAUAUUAAGUGAUAACGUAACGAUCAGAAUCAGCCAACAGUAUUGUGAGUGAACGAAAUCUCGGAUUUUCGCCUAUUCGAACCUACUUGAGAGGAUGGCUUACCACAAGCCAACAGACAUUGAUGGCUUCAUAACACAGAUGGCAAAGGCGGACAUGCGGGUCAAAGCGCAGCUCGCCGAAGAUUUGGUGCUAUAUCUGAGCGAUGCCGAGAACUCGAUCGAAUGCGUGGACCUGGGCUUGCUAAUAGACGGACUGAUCCCGUGGAUGGUUGGCAGUCAUUUUAAGAUCGCACAACGUGCUCUAGAAGCAUUUACCGAGCUGAUCGUUCGGCUUGGACAAGAUUUUAAUGCCUACACUUCUACCAUUCUGCCACAUGUAAUCGAUCGCCUUGGUGAUAGUCGAGACACAGUGCGGGAGAAAGCACAACUGUUACUGCACAAGUUGAUGGAAUGUAGAGUAGUUUCUCCGCAAGCCUUACUGGACAAGCUGACGAUGUGCUUCAAGCAUAAGAACGCAAAAGUUCGUGAAGAAUUUCUACAGACCAUAAUAAACGCAUUGAACGAGUACGGAACUCAGUCGCUAUCCGUGAAGACGUACAUUCAACCCAUAGUACUGCUCUUGGGGGAUCCUACACCAACGGUACGGGAUGCGGCAAUUCAAACACUAGUUGAAAUAUACAAACAUGUCGGAGACAAACUACGGGUCGAUCUCAGGAAGAAGGACGUUCCUCCUACUAAGUUCGCUAUUUUAGAGCAAAAGUUUGACGAAACACGAAACGAUGGCUUGCUUCUUCCUUCGGCGCUGAAUGCCGCCGUUUUCGGUGACGACGUUGAUGCGAAUGUAAUGGCCAGACCUGCCCGACUGGUAAAGCGAACGCCAUCCGCAACACCUAGAAAACCACUGUUCGAAACGCAGGGAUCCGGAGAUCUGCUUGCUGCCGGAGCCGUCUCCGGGGAAAUAUUUGAAAACUCAUUCGAAAACGUUCCACAGUUGUCGAUCUUUUCCCAGCGCGACAUGGACGAUCACAUGAAAUCCAUCAACAUUCUUAUAGGAGACAAAAACGUCGACUGGGAGAAGCGAGUGGAUGCGUUGAAAAAGAUCCGAUCGCUUCUGAUGAUCAGCGUCCAGAGUUCGCCGACAUUCACGCAGCAGCUGAAAGACUUGUCCAUUGCAUUCCUGGAUAUUUUAAAAGAACUUAGAUCGCAAGUGAUCCGCGAAGCAUGCAUUACGCUAGCUUACAUGAGCAAAACGCUGAAAAAUCGCAUGGACCAGUUUGUCAUCUACAUUCUGCAGGAGUUGAUAAACCUAAUUCAGAAUGCCGCAAAGAUCAUAUCGUCGGCCGGCACCAUUGCCCUCAAGUACGUCAUAAAGUAUACUCACGCUCCGAAACUUGUGCCAAUCAUAACCCAGAAUCUCAUGCAAUCUAAGUCCAAAGACAUCCGAAGCACGCUCUGCGAAAUCAUGUAUCUGCUGUUCGAGGAAUGGCCCACGAAGGCGUUGGAACGCAACAUGCUGCUGCUGCGCGACGCGCUGCGAAAGGGAAUCGCCGAUGCGGACAGCGAUGCCAGGAGACACAGUCGAUAUGCAUUUUGGAGCUUUCGAAGACACUUUCCGGAUCUCGCCGAUCAACUGUACGGAUCGCUGGAUCCCGCAACUCAGCGCACGCUGGAAAAAGACCGGGACUGCAUUGCGACUAAUGGUACCAACUCAAUGAGUGUUAGUUUACGUGGCAGCAAUAGUAGCUUAAAUUCUGUCUCUGGUGCGGUGAUAAAACGUAGACAAUCUUCGGGACUGAGAAGUCCAGCAUCUGCACAACCACCAGCUGGCUUACGAAGUAUUUCGGCCGUCGAUGCUGCCGCCGCACAAAGAGCUCGAGCGCGGGCACAAUACUCGAACAUGGCACGACAGAAAAUAUCAUCCGGUACCGCUUCCCUGCAGGGACAGUAUGCUCAACAAGCUCGUUCCAAGAAGAUAUCUGCCUCGAAUGCCACACCGCAACAGCCUUCUACUCCCGAACGAAAAAUACGCUCCCGGGCCGGUGUCUCGCAGUCCCAGCCUACGUCGAGAAGUACUUCACCGUCGAGUAAGCUGCGUGAUACUUAUGGCAUUCCUUCUCUUUAUAAACAAACCGGAACGGUUCCUAAAAAAGCUUCCGGCAUCCCCCGCUCGCUGGCGAAUUCCCGCGAAACAAGCCCGACAAGAAACACCCAAUUCGGAUCACUGCGACGUAACGUCUACAGUACAAACAGUCCGCGACGGCUGGAUCGACCGCCGAUGAACCCCGGCCGAGGUCCGGUGCUGUCGCAAAAGAUACUCCAACAGAGCAGGGAGGCGGAAAAUGCCCUAGCCGAUGCGCUGUCUCCGGACGAUCCGGACAUGUCGGCCGACUUCAAUCGGCUCGGGUUGCACCGAAAAAUCUCCCGCGACGAAUCGGACGAAAGCGAAGCGUCGUCGGUGUGUUCCGAGAGAAGUUUCGAUUCGUACAGGAGGGGCGCCGAUUCGUACUCAUGGAAUGGCUCCAGAACGCGACUGGACAGUUCGCGGCCAGUAAUUGAGGACAUUGAAACUAUUAUUCAAUUUUGCGCGUCUGCUCACUGGUCCGAGCGAAAGGAUGGACUAUGUAACUUGACGCAGUAUCUAAGCGAAGGAAAAAUGUUGACGCCCCAACAGCUGCAGAGCGUUCUGGAACUUUUCCGCAAAAUGUUUAUGGAUCCCCACAUUAAAGUCUAUUCAUUGUUUCUGGAUACGGUGAACGAAUUGAUACUGGCGCACUCUAAUGAUCUACACGAAUGGUUGUUCAUAUUGCUAACGCGCUUGUUCCAAAAACUGGGAGGCGACCUGCUCGGUUCCAUGCAUGGGAAAAUAUGGAAAACUCUACAGUUGAUUUACGAGUAUUUUCCAGCGGACCUUCAAAUGCAAUGUGUUUUUAGGAUUGUGGUUGAUCCGGUCCAGACUCCAAACACCAAAACUCGCCAAGCGACACUUAAAUUUUUGACUACUUUAGCGACUUCGUAUUGUACUGCAGCACAAUUCAUAACCCAUAGUCAAAACCAGCAGCAGGUUGAUCGGGCAAUCUUGAGAAUUAUCCAAACAGCACUGGAUCAGAAGAGUCUGGAGUUGAAAUCGCAGGCUCGGACUUGCAUAGUUGCACUGUACAACUGCAAUACUUCACAGAUGACAAUGAUUUUAGGCAAUCUUCCAAAGCAGUACCAAGAUACGGCUAAAGGAAUCAUCCAACAGCACAUGCGAAGGAGUACCUCAGGCACACAAAGUCCUUCCUCCCCUUUGUCGUCUUCAAGUCCUAAACCACUGCUAAGCCCACAGCAAGGUCCUUUCAGCUUACAGAAUAUGUCGACCUCCAGGUCGCGACAAGCUUCCGUAGACGUAACGGAGCUGAUGAACACGGAGGAAGUCUACAAAAGUCUCCGAAAAACGACAGCCGAAAUUCAGAACUACAGCUUCGAGGCGAAACUAGACAGAGAUGCAAACAGUAAGGAUUCCGGCAUAAGCCAAAUGGGCGAGCUGCAUCUGCAAAACGCCGACGGUUACUCGUUGGCUUCGAAUGGACUAAAUGGACAUAUUGGACUGGAGAAAGAUGAUUCUUGCAAUGGAUCGAAAACUCAGUCCGUCACUACGACCGAAUCGAACACGCCUGAAAAUACGGUACGACAGGAUGCAAUCGACGGUGGUCACAAUCCUUCAGCGCUACAGCAUCGCCAUCCCAGUUAUACACUUACAAAUACUGGCGAAUUAGUAUUAGAAAAUGGAACCAAGGAACAAGAUAUCAUUAAAGCUGCUAUCUUAUUGUCACAUGAAACAAGCUUAGAAACGACAGUUCAAGUAUUGGAGAAUCUAAAGUUGUGUAUUAAAUACGGAAACUGCGAACUGCCAAUUAAAAAUUUCAGAGCGAUUAUGAAAAUGCUGUUAAACCUAAUGGAAUCCCAAAACAACACAGUGCUAAUCGCUUCACUACAAACGCUCGGCCGUAUUGUACGUAGUUCAGAGAUGAAAGCGUGCUGGGGUAACUUCCUGGAAUUGAUCCUGUUAAAGAUAAUCGAUUGUUACAAAAUUAGCAAAGAGGUUUCGCGGGAGAUUGAUUUAAUUGUUGUCAAAAUUGCAACUGUUUUACCUCUUGAUGUGUCUGUAAAUAUUCUCAACCCAGUCAUCGCGACAGGCGACUUCCCGGCGAAUCUGUGUGCGCUGAAAAUUCUGAAAGAGUUGGCCCAUGAGCAAGGGAAAGAUUUGACAGAUAAUCACUUAGAUAAUAUUAUGCCAAACAUAGCUAGGUUAACAGAUGACAGUCAAUCGAUGGUGAGAAAGGCGGCAGUUUUUUGCAUGGUUGAGCUUUACAUCGUCAUGGGCGAGGAAAAAGUGAAGCCAAAAUUUACGCUCCUAAAUGCGAGUAAAAUAAGAUUGUUAAACGUAUACAUCACGAAAGCGUUAGGCAGCAAUAGUAAAGGAUCGAUUUCAUGAUCUAAUGCCAUGUGAUUGUUGAUAAAAGGACACAAGUUCGCUAAAUUACGCUGUAAAUUUGGUAGAAACAUUUGGAUUAUUUAUGAAUAUAUUUAUCACUAAAUUCAAACUUUGUUCUUUUUGUUUAAACAAUUAAGCAGUAUGUUACUAUUGUCGGUAGCAAUCAAACUAACGAGAUUUUUUAAUAAAAUAA